AUGGCAAUAGAUAAAGUACCUCUAUCCUCAACACGAACUACAAUAAUCAAGACGAGCAGGACAGCAAAGAUUUUCUAUAAUCCAGAAAAGCACAAAACCCACGCGUCUAUUUACAGAAGAUCGGACACCAUCAUCAAUGAUGUCGACCACAUAUUCUCCACCAAGAAGUUAUUAGGUGAUUCGGAUAGCGGAGCUAGACUCGAAGAGUCAUUACAAGGUAAUAGUGACUCUGACACAUAA